AUGGCUCCGCGGGUCUGGGUUCGCAUGGAGCUCUUCGAGCACUUUGCUCUGCCAUUCGCGUCGCGCUGCUUGGCGCAGCUGACGCCAGCGAGCAUCAGCGCAGUCGUUGGCGCCUUGCACGCGCUCGAGCUCCCGCCGGCGCCAGCCUUGGGCACUGUCGCCCGACUAAUCCCGUCGGAACGGUACGACGCGUGGCAGCAGAUCGCGACCGAGGUCUUGCAAUGGAAGGAGCUCGAAUGCCGCUCGUUCUGGCUCGUCUUGACAACGGCCCACCGCCACAUCCGAGUGCCGAGCGAGGACGCGGAGGCUUACGACGCGUCAGUUCUCGUCGACGAAGACUACUAUGCGAAGGAAUCUGUCCCGCUCUUCAAGCUCGCCAUCUUUUUGUACCUCCACCUGGAGAAACCAUCGAAAGCCAAGCCCAAGACGGCCUUUAGCGCCGUGUGGCACCGCGACGAAGGCACACCGCCGCCGAGUACGCCCAACUCGCCAGGCCCUGCGUCGCCGCACACGAUCGGGCUCAAGGACCGGUCCGAGUCGGAAAUGCAGUACCUCCAUUUUAUCCGGGACCACCUCGACACGCUCAUUGUGCUCUUGUUCGACGUCCAGCGCGACGGCAACGUGUUUGCUGAUAUUCUUCUGCGCCCCGAGCAGCUCGACGUCGUCGGCUUCUUGCUCGCGGGCGGCGACUCGUUCGUGCAGCAGCAGUACUACCUGAGCACCAUUUACCCGAAAUGGGUCCACGGCGCCCAGUACACGAGCAAGCUCUCCAAGUGGCUCAAGAAAUACCUCACGCUCAAUGACGCUUUGUACCCACCCAUUGGGUUUGCAUUGACGCCGUCGAUGCACUUUCAGCUCCACGGGUCCUUUGAUUUGCAUGACGGCGGCGACAUGGACGACUCGGAAGGCGCGAUCCACCUCCAGCGCCCACUUGUGCUGAGCAACAUCGCCAAGUCGACGGUCAUCAAGCGCGCCGACGAGAUGACGCCGCGCUCGGACGUCACGAUCUUUGCCUGCCACGACGCGUUCAUUUACAUUUUGGGCCCCGUGCGAUAUCCUUUUCCAUACAUUGUCGUCUUGUAUAUCGUGCUCGUCCCCAACAACGGCGUGCUCUCGAUCGACCGCUGCGAGAGCGUCAAGGUCACGGGCGUCGCCGCACUGCUUCGCGUCCACAACUGCUUGGAUUCGGUCUUCAACGUCUAUACACCCCGACGGGGCCUCUUCUCGGGCGACAACCGCGGCCUCGUUGUUGGCCCGUACAACUGCACCUACCCGAUGCUCGAGCACCACUUGAGUACGAGUCAGUUUGCUUUUGUGCCGCACACCGCCGGCAUGUGGGACAAGCUUCUCAACCUCGCGUCGCCGGAAGACGCGACCGAGAAGGACGCCAUCGUGCUCCAAUCGCCAAGUCAGUUUCUCGACGUGUGCAUUCCCGUCAAGAUGGACCUUUCGGCGCCAGCAGUCAGCAAGGCGCCACCGUUGACGCUGCCGCCGCCGUUCGAGGCGGUCGUGCAGCAGCUCCACGCCAACGUCGAGAGUCUUCGCCUUCUCCUCGCCCAAGACGACCUCGAGAGCGCUGGCAAGCGCGCGUUGGAGCAAGCGGUCCAGGCCAAGUUCAAGGAGUGGCUCACGUCGUCGGGCCAUGCGCGCGAAGUGCUCGACCUUGUCCAGCUCGAGAAAGCGCGCGACCAAAGCACGUGA